AGUCUGCUAAAUAAAUAUGUUCACAUUUCUUUUGAUAGUGUCUCUGACAACAGUCAGAGCAGAGCUAGUAUGCAGACUUUGGCGAAGAAGUGAAUUGCCAAUGUUUUCAAAAGAUGGGGAUAUUACUAUUGGAGGGAUAUUUGCUUUCCAUGAUAACCCCAUUGAUGUCAAUCAUCCAUUUAAAUCAUUGCCUGAAGAAACAAAAUGCAAAAUUUUGAAUUUUAGAGAACUUCAGAAUGCUCAAACUAUGAUUUUUGCAAUUGAAGAAAUAAAUAACAGGACAGAUAUCCUCCCUGGAGUAACUUUGGGCUUUAAGAUUUAUGAUUCUUGCAGGGAUGUCAGGUUGGCUAUUAAAUCUGCAAUGGCUUUAGUAAGUGGGCCAGAUGGUAGACUUAUCAAUGAUGAUUCUUGUAUCAAGCCACUUACUGUUCCGGCAAUUAUUGGACAAUCAAGCUCAUCGCCAUUAAUUGGAAUUGCAACAUCCCUUGGACCUUUUAAUCUGCCAGUGAUCAGUCAUGGUGCUAGUUGUGCAUGCCUCAGCAAUAAGAAACUGUUUCCAACUUUCUUUAGAACAAUCCCUAGUGAUUACUAUCAAAGCAGAGUCCUGGUGCAGCUCGUGAAGCACUUUGGUUGGACUUGGGUUGGUGCCAUAAGAAGUGACAAUGACUAUGGAAACUAUGGAAUGUCCACAUUUGAGGAAAUUGCACAGCAAGAGGGCGUUUGUAUUGAAUAUUCAGAAGCCAUUUACAAAAGUUACCCAAGAGAAAGGUAUCUUAAAGUUGUAGACAUAAUAAAAAAAUCCACCUCCAAAGUUAUUAUUGCAUUUGUGUCAUUUAAUGACUUGGAAAUUCUGCUAAGAGAAAUGUUUCUACAAAACGUAACAGGAUUUCAAUGGAUUGGCACAGAUUCCUGGAUUUCGGCUAAAAAUCCAAGUAUUCUUGAAUAUUAUAAGAUAAUGAGUGGAGCAAUUGGAACAACAGUAAGCAAUGCCUUCAUACCUGGUCUCAAGAAUUUUUUGCUGAAUGUCCGUCCAUCUGACACCCCCGCCAACACUGGUAUGACAGAGUACUGGGAAUUUCUGUUUAGUUGUUCUACAACUAAACAGAACCAGACAACACGUUUGCCUCCAUGCACAGGAUCUGAGAAUUUAAGCGGACUGGAUAAUCAGUAUACUGACCUCUCAAACAUAGGCAAGGCAAAUAAUGUAUAUAAAGCCACAUAUGCUGUUGCAUAUUCACUUCACAAUCUACUGGCAUGUAACACAAAAGAUCUGAAUAAGACAUGCUCCAAAAACUUUAAAAUUGAACCACUACAGCUUCUUCAGUACCUGAAGACUGUAAAUUUCACCACCGGCAACGGAGAAAACUUCUAUUUUGAUGAAAACGGAGAUCCUGCUGCUAGAGUCAAAACAUAUGACUUAAUUAACUGGCAACUUAGUAAAGAUGGCAUGGUGGAAUUUGUAACAUUUGGAGCAUAUUAUGCAUUCUUAUCAGAAGGACAACAAUUUGUGAUCAAUUAUGAUAGCAUUGUUUGGACUGGAGCAGACAACAAAGUGCCCAAGUCUGUAUGUAGCGACAGUUGUCACCCUGGCACUCGAAAAGCUGCUCAAAAAGGAAGACCUAUAUGUUGCUAUGACUGCAUACCUUGUGCCGAAGGAGAAAUUAGCAACACCACAGAUUCACCAAACUGUCUGAUGUGUUAUGAAGAAUACAAAUCAAAUAAACAAAAAGAUCAAUGCAUCCUCAAAGACAUUGAAUUUUUAUCAUUUGAAGAGAAAAUGGGCAUACUGAUGGUCACAUUGUCAGUUCUAGGAGCUUCUCUCACAAUGUCCGUUGCUUUGAUUUUCUACAUGAACAGAGACACACCUAUUGUUAAAGCUAAUAAUUCUGAGCUAAGCUUUCUUCUUCUCUUUUCAUUAACACUGUGCUUCCUGUGUUCCCUUACAUUCAUUGGUGAGCCAUCCUACUGGUCCUGCAUGCUACGACACACUAUUUUUGGAAUUACUUUUGUUUUGUGCAUUUCAUGUGUUCUUGGGAAAACUAUUGUUGUGUUAAUGGCUUUUAGGGCCACACUGCCUGGAAAUGAUAUAAUGAAAUGGUUUGGGCCAAUACAACAAAGAUUGAGUGUUUGCACUUUUACUCUUGUGCAGGUACUUAUAUGCCUACUAUGGUUAUUAAUUUCACCACCUUUUCCAAACAGAAACCUAAAACACUUCACAGAAAUAAUAAUCAUUGAGUGUGCACUUGGAUCACAAACAGCAUUUUCUGCAGUUUUAGGCUAUAUAGGUUUUCUUGCUUUAUUAUGCUUUAUCCUUGCAUUUCUAGCUCGUAAACUUCCAGACAAUUUCAAUGAAGCGAAAUACAUCACAUUUAGCAUGUUAAUAUUCUGUGCGGUUUGGGUUACUUUUAUUCCAGCUUACAUUAGUUCACCUGGCAAGUACACUGUAGCCGUAGAAAUAUUUGCAAUUUUGGCAUCCAGCUUUGGUUUACUUUUUUGCAUUUUCAUUCCAAAAUGUUAUAUUAUAAUUUUAAAACCAGAGCAAAACACCAAGAAACAUAUCAUGGGUAAAAUACCUUCAAAAUGAAUGACUAACAAUAUGUCC